GAGAAUCUGAGUCGUGCCUCGUUACCAUAGCAACGAGCGGAGGUUUCCCGCGGCCGAGCGGGCUGCUUUAGCCAUGGCUCUGCCGGAGCCUGUUCGGAGGCGGCUGAGCUCCUUCAGUCGGACAGUCUUUACAGACAACAACCGCACCGGCCCUGAGAGCGGAAGCGACGACAUUGGUCCAGAUGUCCCUCUAUUUCAACCUCUGUUUUUUCCCAUUUUGGUGGGUGAGCAGCGUGGUCAUGCUACAGCUGAAGUACCCAGUCUUACCGGAUUACUACAAAUUCAUCCUGGUGACGAUCAUGAUAAUAACUACUCUGAUAGAGGUUAUCCGUCUGUACCUGGGAUACACGGGCAAUUUACAGGAGAAGUGAAACAGAGAACGACAUGCGGCCAAGACGUCUGCCUGGAAAGUCUGGUCAUGACACUUCACUCCCUUGGCAGGACUCUCUGGAGAGCAGUAACAAGGACAACCACAAGACAACAGUGCCCAAGCUCUUUCUGUGGACAAGAGAAGAUGGAGAAAAAGGUCCCUGAACUGGCCGGCUUUUGGCUACUGAGCCUCUUUUUGCAACUUCCCUUAAUCCUGUUCCUGCUUUUAAACGAAGGUCUGGAGAUCCAACCGCUGGAGCGAGCCAUCCACAUCGUCUUCCUGGCCUUCCUGGUUUUCCAGGUCGCGGUCGCCUUCCUCGCGCUCAAAAAAAUGGUGAACCAGCUGGCCACUCGUUUCCGCCUUCGCGAAUUCGACCGCCUGGACAACCCUCUCCCCUCCGAUCCUCAGGGUGGGCUGAAAACGAGAGCAGAAACUCUGUGGGGGGUGGGAUCCCCCGCGGAAGGAAUUUGUUCUACCAGCAUAGGGUGGAGGUCUGCUCUUAGAUCAUGACGGCCUUGUGGAGCCAUCAGCUGUUGAGAAAUGCUUCCUGUUGCCUCAAUAAUUGAUGUUCCUUUGGAAAUUGCCUUGGGAUAGUGUCAAGCCCACGCCUGACUGUUGGGGCAUUUGCAAGGGGAACUGUGUAGCUUUCUUCUCUGCAGGUGCCCGGUUAUCACACUCUCCUUUGCCUGCGGCCUCGGAAGCCCGGAAGAGCCGCUCUUAUCAUGAGUGAAAUGUUCCCAGCGCUGUAGUUCUUUGUAGUGGGAAUAGAGUAAACCGUUUGGCUACAAGGGGGUGGGGAGCUCUGGGGGGAUAUAGGGUAGUAGUUUGCGCGGGAUCUUCAGAAUCGUCUUUAUGUCAGACCCCGGGUCCGAAACAGUGGCGUAAUGUCCAUUGGGCACUGUGGGCAGCUGCCCAGGGCUCAGGGAUUUUGAAGGCAUGCUCCUGCGUUUUUAUUUUUUUUGGUGUUUUUUCACAUUUUGGCCUGCAGGGGGAGCAUUUUUGGAGAUAUUGGCACCAAGCUAUCACAGUAUCAUGAGGAGACUGUCCUGAUGAUGCCUCCCAAGUUUGGUGCAGUUUGGUUCAGGGGGUCCAAAGUUAUGGACCCCCAAACAGGUUGCCCCUGUCCCCCAAUGUUUCC